AUGUCCUUCUCCUUCCUCAACAAAACCAUCCUCAUCACCGGCGCCGGAAGCGGCAUCGGUCGCGCCACCGCCAUCAAAUUAGCUUCUCUAGGAGCCUCUCUCUACCUCUCCGACAUAAACCUCGACUCCGUCUCCAAAACCCGAGACCUAUGUCCGCAUCUCGAAUCCUCCAACCAGCAAUUCCACACCCAUUCUCUAGACGUCAGUGAUUCCCAAUCCUGUAAUACAUAUAUCCACGAUCUGGUUCGCGAAGACAUCACGAUAAAUCACGUGUUUAAUUGCGCGGGGAUUAAUCCCACCGCGGUACCGAUUCAGGAUGUGACGGAUGAGUAUUGGGACCGGCUGAUGAAUGUUAAUCUGAAAGGGACUUUUAAUAUUACCCGAGCUGUUGCACCGCAUCUCGUCUCGGGUUCUUCAUUCGUAAAUGUAUCAUCGGUUUGUGGUAUCGUUCCCGUCUCGCAGUUUUCGGUCUACUGCGCGACGAAGUAUGCGGUGGUCGGAUUCUCGAAGUGUAUGGCGUUGGAGUUGGGGGGUAGGGGGGUCAGAACGAAUGUGGUGGCGCCGGGGUAUAUUGAUACCCCGACCAAUGUGUCGGUGCUAGCGGGAGAGGAGGAGGUGAGGAGGAUGGAGGGGAUGGUGGCGUGUGGAAGGUUUGGAGUGCCCGAGGAGGUCGCGGAUGUGGUGGCUUUUUUGAUGAGUGACGAGGCGAGGUUUGUUAAUGGGAGUGUGGUGGAGGUUAAUGGGGGGAUGGCUCAUUGA